GCCCAAAAAAAUUAAAAUUUCUGUACGCACGAGAAAAAUAUUAAACACAUUGUAUUAUAAGUUGUAAUAAUUGUAAUUAUUAUAAUCAAAAAUGAAAUUUAAGGAAGGUAUUCAAAAAUUAAGUAUGAAACCAGGUGAAAAAUGGUUUGAACAGUUUCCGGUUUCUAAAAUUCCAAAAGCUAAUUCAAAUCCUGAUGUUGCAAUGGCUUUGAAAGCAGAAGCUGAAAAUUUACUUGAUUCUGAAACAAGACUCUAUCAUCGAUUAAAAGAAAAUCAACGCAGUAAAGAUUUUUCAUGGAUAAAGAAAAUUCUUCAAGCUGGUACUCUCUCAGAUAAAAUAUCUGCUCAUACAAUGCUUAUACAAGAUUCUCCUGUAUACAAUCUAAGCAGUUUAGAAAAUCUUAUCGGAUUGGUAAAUACUAAAGGCAAAAGAGAAUGUCUGAUGGCUAUGGAUACUUUACAAGAUCUUUUUAUUGGAGAUUUGCUUCUUGAGGACCGAAAGUUAAGAAUGUUCAAUGAACAACCUUUGGAACAGAUGAAUGAAAUAAGUCAAGGUGAUACUGCUGUGAAAAAACAAUUGCAAAUUUUAUGGAUUUUUGAAGAACGGUUGAAACUUCAGUACAAAAAAUUCUUAAGUAACUUAGUUGCUGUGAGUCAUGAUACAAUUGAAAAAACCAAAGUAAAAGCUGUUAGUGUAAUGGCAAAGUUACUUAUGGAUAAUUGUGAAGAAGAACAGUUCCUUUUAGAAAAUCUAGUUAAUAAAAUUGGAGAUCCUAUUCCCAAAGUGGGUUCUCAUUCAUGCCACCAGUUGGGUGCAAUACUUAAUCAUCAUACAAAUAUGAAAACUGUCAUAGUUCAAGAAGUAGAAAGAUUGAUUUUUCGUCCUAAUCUAGCAGAGAGAGCUAAAUAUUAUGCACUUUGUUUUCUAAAUCAGGUUAUUCUUAGUCAUGAUGAAUUUGCUCUUGCAAAUCAUCUAAUUAUGAUAUACUUUGGGCAAUUUAAACUCUUUGUGAAAACAGGUGAGGUCAAUACCAAAAUGAUGAGUGCCCUUUUAACUGGUGUUGCCCGUGCUUAUCCUUAUGCAAAGUUGAAAGAUAAUAUAAUUCUUGAACAACUUGAUGCCAUGUAUAGACUUGUACAUAUGGUGAGCUUCAAUAUCAGUGUUCAAGCAUUGAUGCUUAUUUUCCAAGUUUUAGAUUCCAGUGAUUCAGUUUCAGACAGAUUUUAUGGGGUUUUAUAUAGGAAAUUACUUGAUCCGGCUCUUAGCUCUUCUUCAAGACAAGCAUCUGUUCUUAAUUUGGUUUUCAGAGCAUUAAAGAAAGAUGUAGCUGUUGUAAGAGUAAAAGCAUUUGUAAAACGCUUGCUGCAGGUAGCUCUUUGUCAGGCUCCAACUCUCCAAUGUGGUAUCCUUAUUUUAAUAUCUGAAUUGAAUAAAAUACACCCAACCCUUCUGGAAACUAAAAGAGCUUUUGAUACAGAUGAUGAGAGUGAUGAGCAUUAUGAAGAUGUUCCUAGUGAAGAUGAAGAUGGUGAUCAAAAAUCAGAAACCAAAAUGGAAGAAUCAGAUGUCAAACCUGAAGUCAAACCAUCUUGGGUUCACAAGCAACAAAGAACUAAAAAUAAAAAGACCAAUCCUAAAUCUGCAUAUGACUUUAAUUGUCGAAAUCCUCUGCAUGCCAAUGCAGAGUGUCAAGGACUAUGGGAGCUUCUCUUUCUUAAACAAAGUUUCCAUCCUUCGGUGUCUCUUUUUGCCCAUCAAGUUUCAAAUGCUACUGAAAUCAAAUAUAGUGGAGAUCCAUUAUUAGAUUUCACUACCACACGUUUCUUAGAUAGAUUUGUAUAUAGAAAUCCUAAAAAAAACUCCGAAAACUUUUUAUCUGAUCCCAAAAAUAGAGUUUUUGGACCCAGGAAGUUGAAAGAAUCUAAAAAAAUGCCUAUACUUGAGGAUGAAUAUCUGCAACAAAAAGAAGAUAAAGUUCCGAUUGAAGAGCGUUUUAUUUAUAAAUAUUUACGAAACAGAGCAGCUGUAGUUGGUAAAAAGAAGGAUGAUUCAGAUAUUGAAAGUGUGGGAAGUGAUGAAUUUCAGAAAUUAUUGGACGAAAUUCACCCUGAAGAUGAAGGAGAUGAUUCUCUGAAUUUUGCUAAAGAGUUAGGGCUUCAAAAGUUGAAAAAAGGGAAAAAAAGAACUGCUCAUAGUGAUGAUGAAGAAGCAUCUGACAAUAUCAGUGAUGAAGAAAGUGAUUUUGAAGAUCUUGAUCUUGAUGAUGAAGAACUAGGUAGUGCACUUGGAGACCUGGAUGAUGAAGAUUUUGAAAUCUGUGAAGAAGAUUUUGUUGAUGAAGGUGGUUUUAAUGAUGAAGAAAGACCAAAAAAGAAGAAAAAGAAAAUGCAAAACUUUGAAGAGGAUAAUACAUUAGCUGAUGCAGAUGAAUUCUCUGCUUUACUUGAAGAAGCUGCUGAAGAUAAUGUAACAUCAGAAGCAUUUAAAAGAAAAGAUAAAUCAAGUGCUAAACAAUUGAAAUGGGAAAUGGACAGAGAUCGCUUCAUAAAAAAUAAAACAAAGAAGUCAAAAUUUUUUAAAAAGAAAUCGAAAAAACAAAGGAAAGCUUAAAAGCUUGUAAAUAUUUUAAUAAACCAUUCAUGAAUGCCUUUCCAAGAGAAAUAUUACAUUUGCUUGUAUGUGUAUAGAGUAGAAAUAUAUGUACAUUUUUGUAUUUUGUCUGUGUAUUUUUUGCCUACAGCUCCCCUCCCCCUUGCCAUUACUUGCAGAGUUUUGUAUUACAUUUCCAUUCUGAAUAUCUAUAACAGGGCAAUUUUGAAUUAAUUGCAAGAAAGGUGUUGCAUCAAAUUGAUAUAGACUAAUAUAGAGAUUUUCAAAAAAUUAUUUUCUAGGUGAUUAAAAGUGUUUAGAAGCAGAAUAAAUGAAAGAUGCAUGUAAGGUCAAUACUCAUCUAGUCUUAGACAAUUUGUUUUGAAUAUAAAGAUCAAUGAAACUAACAACCAAAUAUUACUCUAAACUUCGGAGGUUUUUGUUUUAUAGUGAAUAGCAAAAACUUAUUGUUUAAAAAAAAUAUAUUUUUUAAGAAUCCAAAGAAAAUUUAUGCAAAAGUAUGAACCUUGUUGA